AUGCCAAAACCGAAAUCUACGGAAAAGAAGAAACCUGGUGCGAGCAUAGCUCCAGGUUCAAAUUGGUUAGCAUUAAAAAAGAAACUUCCGACUACUUCAAAAGGAUCUUCGAUAAGUAGACAACCUGCCAAGACCCAGCCCUCUCCGUCAUCUGCUUCGUUUCCUCGGGGAAGUGUGCCGACAAAUCCUAUCCCAGAUGUAGUGACGGGUAGUUCAAAAAUAUUUAGCGAAGAGGUCAAGUCGUUACAGGACCUGGUGUUAGGAAAGGGAGUUGCCGGGGAAGAUCUGGUUGGAGAACCCGGCAGGUACAUCGCCAUCGACUGUGAAAUGGUUGGUGUGGGCGAAAACGGCUCCGAAUCAUCUCUUGCACGAGCCAGUAUUGUUGAUUUUCAGGGACGAGUCGUCUUGGAUGAGUUUGUCUUGCAACGAGAACGUGUAACGGACUAUAGGACGCAAGUGAGCGGUGUUAGGCCAAAGGACAUGAUAAAUGCGAAACCAUUCUCUGAAGUCCAAGCGCGGAUAGCGACACUUCUUUCAUCCGCAGACAGAAUAUUAGUUGGCCAUGCCUUGCACAACGACCUCACUGCCCUACUCUUAAGUCACCCAGCCGCACGAAUUCGAGACACUCAGGUCUAUGCUGGUCGAAAACCUAACCCCGGGAAAGGCAAAGGGAAGGGGAAAGAAGGCGAAGGGGAGAAGACUUUAUGGGAAAAGUACAGGAGCCCCCGAAUUGGGUUGAAGAGACUCGUGAAGGAGGAGUUGGGUUUGGAUAUUCAGGCCGGAGAGCAUAGCAGUGUUACGGACGCACGAGCGGCCAUGGCAAUAUAUCAAUUGCAUAAACGUGCAUGGGACGCAUCCUUGCCUGUAUCUUACGUUAAGCGAGGAAGGACCACCUCGGGCAACGAGGCCGAAUCUGGGAGUCUUGCGACGGGUGAGGACAUGGAUCAAGCGCAAGAGGGCAGCGCAAAACGCAAACGCCGGGAUAGCGCUGGAGAAUUUCCAGGCGGGGGCAGGAAGGGUGUUAGCUCUGGUCUGGGGACGAUAAUCAAACCCCGGGCGCGUAAGACGGGAAAAGAAAGAGUUGAACGUGGUAGCGCCGACCAAGCAGGUUCCAAGUGGUGGCAGACACUUGGCGCGGGCCAAUCCAAGGGCAAGUUGACGUUGUAA